AUCCUUGGCGUCUCUGCCCGGUUUGCGCCGCCGCUUCCAACUGUCUCCGCGUGGCACGAGCCACGAGCCGCGCUCUUCCCCCGGCGGCGGCGGUGGCGGCGGCGGCGGCGGGUGCAAGCAAAGAGUGGCUGCAAGCGGCUGCGGGCUCCAUGGAGAGCGGCGGGCGCCCGAGCAGAGGCGGCGCUACCACCGCUGCGCCCGGACUGCAGUGACCCGCGUUCCGCCCCGCGUCCCGGCGGCCGCCCGGCCUCGCCGUCCGUGUCCGCGCCGCCGCCGCCUCCCGUCCCACCGGCUCCGGAGCACCGCGACUUCGUUCGGUCCGACUCCCCGGCGGGGUGGCGGCGGCCGGGUCCCCACGGUGGCGGCCGGAGCAGCGGCUGCAGGAGCCCGGCUCUAGGAUGAAGUUCAAGCCCAACCAGACGCGGACAUACGACCGCGAGGGCUUCAAGAAGCGGGCGGCCUGCCUGUGCUUCCGCAGCGAGCAGGAGGACGAGGUGCUGUUGGUGAGCAGCAGUCGGUACCCAGACCAAUGGAUCGUGCCGGGAGGAGGGGUGGAGCCGGAGGAGGAGCCUGGCGGUGCUGCUGCAAGGGAAGUGUAUGAAGAGGCUGGAGUCAAAGGAAAAUUAGGCAGACUCCUGGGAAUAUUUGAGCAGAAUCAAGACCGGAAGCACAGAACAUAUGUUUAUGUUCUGACAGUCACUGAAAUAUUGGAAGACUGGGAAGACUCUGUUAACAUAGGGAGGAAGAGAGAGUGGUUCAAAGUGGAAGACGCAAUCAAGGUUCUUCAGUGUCACAAGCCUGUCCACGCAGAGUACCUGGAAAGGCUGAAGCUGGGGUGUUCUCCGACCAAUGGGAAUUCCACAGUCCCUUCCCUCCCAGAUAACAAUGCCUUGUUUGUGACUGCCGCACCACCCUCUGGGGUGCCAUCCAGUAUAAGAUAGAGAGCUGGGGCCCCUCCCCCACCGUGUCAUGGCACAUGUCAGAGGGAGAGAGGCUUUUUUACUUCUAACACAUCUGACUGCUGCUGGCAGACUCUAGAUUUGCCAUGCAGGGGUUUCAAAUAAUUUGCAUGUAUUUCAGAUGCUUUCAACUCUUUUAAAAUAAAUAACAAAAUAGCAAAAAUACUUUAAGAUGCCAAAGCCAUGUGGAUUUUUUUUAAAGCCUUAAUUGUAAGUCUACCCCAUUACUUUGGUUCUCAUUUUUAUAACCUUUCUUAAAAUUUCACUUUUGAACACUCAACAUUCUAUGGUUUAUUUUGACAGAUCAACUGGUUGUUGGGUAUGUUUUUGCCCUAAUAUUUUUUUCUUACAGUAUCAAAUAGUCACCAAAUCUUUGGGAAUUAAUUAAUUAAUAUUCUUGGUAUUUAAAAAAAUAUAUAUAUGUGCCCCAAAACUUGUUUAAGAGAGUCGCAUUCUCUCCACUUGUAAGCUGCAGGUUUGCGCUGAUUUGUAUGGACGGGCCAGUUGCCUUUGACCAAGCACUCAAGUUUACUCUAUCCGAGAAUUUGUACACAGCAAGAAUUAUGUCAGUGCACAGGCACUGCCUCCCCUCUGACACGGUGAUUCCAUAUGAAUCACUCCAUUUUUAGGGAAAACUGUCAGGAACUUGCCUGUGGCACCGCACAGCUCAUUCUGAAACUGUUCAGAGAAGUCUGUUCAGCACGCUCUGCGGCUGCUUCCUCCCUGCUCCUUCCGACACAGACUGUGUUAGGGGCCACAUUGCUCCCAUGGCCAGUGCUCUUCAUAUUUUCAGUCUAGCAACAACAUUGUUGACCAGUGGAUUAGACUCUAACCUUAGAUACAGCAGUCACUGACUGGCAUCCAAGGUUAGAUCACACUAAACAAAAUGGCUGUCCUAGGCCUAAGACACUGUCUUGAGUGUCAGUAAGCAGCUUGUCAGAUGAGUGUGAGGGAACUAGAACUAUGUUACCUUGUCUUUGUGCUCUCUCAAAACGGGCCACCCCAUGGAAAAGUACCUACAUUUCCUUCAGGAAGUCAUGGAGGAAGUGAAGGGGUGGGGGGAGGAAAAGAUCUUUCGCAGUACAGUUAGGACAUCUGUAACCUGUUAACCUUUAAAUUGUAAUGUUGCUGCUGCCAAUGUCCUUACCUGUAAGGAAGGAAAAUGAGAUCUCGUGCCACAAAUGCAGCAGAACUAAAAACAUUAGGUUACAAAGCAGAAAAACCCAACCAGUAGUGUUCAUUCUAAAUUAUGUAGCAUAAACAAAUGUGAUCGUCCAGACCUUUUCUAUUUUUCUUUGUACAGAGGUCAUGUACUCUGGGUGUGUUUUAAAAGAAACAUUUUAAAGAAACCCACAGAUUGACAUUUUCUAUCUUUUCGUUUUCUCACGAUUCUCUGCAAUUUUUCCAUGUACUAAACACAACAGAAACUGGACUGUUUUGUAUAGAAUACUGCUUCCAGCUAAAACCAUCACAAGUGCCCGGGAGUUUAUGUGGACAUGAUAGAUACUCUGGGCGGUAAUAAUGCAUGAACCUGUUUUAUAAACUCUUGAACUGUGUAUUGCCAUGUAAAAUAUGUACAGUAUUAAUGUCAACCAUCUCUUUAAAAGUUAGCCUAUGAACAUUGUUGUAUAAUUUCUUUGGUCAGAAACAUUUGGACUAAGUCAUGUCACCUGGGUCAGGAUUUUCUUCAAUGCCGUGUAGCAAAACUGUCUUUAGUCUAUGCAAAUAGCGAGUCACUGAGUGUGACAGAAUGCAACUUCACUGUUAAACUUCACCUGAGGGUUCCUCAUUCUCCUGGAAUCCAGACUGCAAGAUUAUAAAGGAAAAGACCUAAGGCAAUUCAGUUCUUUUUGCAAAUCAAUUGAAUCCACGAGAGAUGUCUACCAGCGAGAUGUCUACCAGCCCAGCCGCCUGCAGCCUGCUGUGUGUGCUUAUUUGUGCGCUGAAUAAAAUGGGGCAGCUAAAUUCUCCAGUUCCAUAUGCCUCCGAAGUUCAAAGAAAAAAAAGCAAAGUAACAUGUUAGACUUGACUUGUGUGGCGGCGUAAAGAAAUGGCAUCUUCCCACUAAGAACGAACCAUCCAGUUCUUUUGUCAGUCACACUAUGAAACAGGGAAGGUGAAGGGAAGAAAUGGUUAUGUGUGCACGAAUCGCUUUGCAUGGUCUCAUGAGAUGGCUGCAUUCGAACUGUUUUAAGAAUUGUAAGGAUCUUGACUUUUUUACAUUUGGAAACAUCAAAUAAAAACAAACAUAAUCUGUG